AUGCUGCAGUGCCGGCCGGCCCAGGAGUUCAGCUUCGGCCCCCGGGCCCUGAAAGAUGCGCUGCUGUCCACCGACCCAGCCCUGCGGCAGCUCUACGCGUCUGCCUUCUCCCCGGCAGAGAGGCUCUUCCUGGCCGAGGCCUACAACCCCCAGAGGACGCUGUUCUGCACCCUGCUCAUCCGCACGGCCUUCGACUGGCUCCUCAGCCGCCCUGAGGCCCCCGAGGACUUCGAGACCUUCCACGCUGCCCUAGCGCCCCGGAGGCAGAGCCUGGCCCGGAAGCACAUUUACCUGCAGCCCAUAGAUCUGAGUGAGGGGCCGGUGGGCGGCGCGCUUCUGGACCGCCUGCGGAGCUGCACAGAGGCCUUCUUCCUGGGCCUGCAAGUCAGGUGCCUGCCCUCAGUGGCGGCCGCGUCCAUCCACUGCUCAUCGCGCCCCAGUCAGGACUCGGACAGGCUCCAGCUCCACACAGACGGCAUCCUGUCCUUCCUGAAGAGCAGCAAGCCGGGGGACGCGCUGUGCGUGCUGGGCCUCACGCUGUCUGACCUGUACCCCCGCGAGGCCUGGACCUUCACCUUCGGCACGUUCCUUCCGGGGCACGAAGUGGGCAUCUGCAGCUUUGCUCGGUUCUCGGGGGACUUCCUGCAGCGGGGGCCCAGCGCCCCUGACCUGGCGCCGGCAGAGGCAGAGGCGGCAGCAGACGGCCCCGAGGUGCCCCUGCAGGACAGAGGCCAGACCGUGUGCUUCAGCGCCCUGGGGAUGGUCCAGUGCUGCAAGGUCACGUGCCACGAGCUCUGCCACCUCCUGGGCCUGGGGAGCUGCCGCUGGCUCCGCUGCCUCAUGCAGGGCGCCCUCAGCCUGGACGAGGCCCUGCGCCGGCCCCCGGACCUCUGCCCCAUCUGCCUGCGGAAGCUGCAGCACGUGCUGGGCUUCAAGCUCGUGGACAGGUACAAGAGGCUGUACGCCUGGACGCAGGCGGCGGCGGGGGAGCCGUCCGAGGCGGAGGACACCCUGCCCUGCAGCGCGGACUCGGGCCUCUGCUGCGAGAGCGACUCGGAGCCGGGCAGCAGCCUGUCGGAGCCCCUGUCCCCCGACGCCUGGGGCCACCACGCCUUGCCCGCGGGCCCCGAGCCGGAGCCGGAGGACGGGCUGGGCUCCCUGGCGGCCGCGGCGGGCCCGGGGGCGGCGCUGGCGGAGCAGGGGCGCUGGCUGGCGGCCUGCAUCCAGGCCCUGCAGAGGGACGUGAGCGAGGAGGAGCUGGCGCGGGUGGACGGCGCCGUGGACGCCCUGGCCCGCUGGGACCUGUUCACGGGGCGGCUGCCGGCCCCCCGGCGGGACCCGCCCUGCGGCCGAGACGGAGCGGGGCUGCGCCGGGUGCUGGGCGACAGAUUCUCCUCCCUCCGGCGGAAGCUGAGCGCGCGCAGGCCGGCCCGGGCCGGGUCGUCACCGGGGCGCCGGAGGGCGGAGGACGAUUAG